CCGGACCGGAUGUAGAGUGCACUACCUUCAGAUGGGCUUUGAGGAAAUGUGGAGCUUUAACCGACAAACAAUAGCGGUCUCGCAGAUCGCAUCACCUCAAGUCGUUUUUAUUGCGUUCCGGGAAACGGACGAAGUGAGAAGCGCUCAGUAGCAGAGUCGCUUCAGUCCGCCGGAGAACGUUAAGCAGCGGAGAACCUCCACCGGAACACACACACAGAUCCACCGACUUUCAGGCCUCUAAAAUGCAAACUCAGCAGUAUCAGCAAUGGACAAUAGUAUUGGCCGACGGACCGUGUAAACGCGGCUUGUAAAAGGAUCCCACCGUGGUUGGUCGUAGUGUGUAGAGAGGAGCCUACUCCGCCCUCCAGGCUCCUCAGCCAUGGCUCUUCUGGACUACCUGAAGAGCCUGUUUAUCCUGCAGUUGCUGAUGGGCUUUGUGUUUGUGGUGAGCGGCCUCAUCAUAAACUUCAUCCAGCUCUGCACCUGCAUCCUCUGGCCCAUCAACAGACAGCUCUACCGCAGAAUCAACUGCCGGCUCUCCUACUCGCUCUGGAGUCAGCUGGUGAUGCUGCUGGAGUGGUGGUCAGGCACAGAUUGCACCCUAUACACCGACCAGGCUACGGUGGACAUGUUUGGAAAAGAGCAUGCCAUCAUCAUCCUCAACCACAACUUUGAAAUCGACUUCCUCUGUGGCUGGACCAUGUGUGAAAGAUAUGGCAUCUUAGGGAGUUCAAAAGUGCUGGCCAAACACGAGCUGCUGAAGGUUCCUCUGAUUGGCUGGACCUGGUACUUCCUAGAAAUAGUCUUCUGCAAAAGAAAGUGGGAAGAGGACAAAAAUACUGUCUUCAAGGGACUGAGCAGACUCAAAGAUUAUCCUGAAUAUAUGUGGUUUCUUCUGUACUGCGAGGGAACCCGUUUUACAGAGAAGAAACACCAAAUCAGUAUGGAGAUUGCAGAGAGCAAAGGUCUCCCUAAGCUCAAAUACCAUCUACUACCCCGAACAAAAGGAUUUACCACAACACUGCAGUGUCUUAAGGGCACAGUAACUGCUGUGUACGAUGUGACUCUGAACUUCAAAGAUAACCAAACCCCCACUCUCCUGGGCAUCGUCAACGGCAAGCAAUACAAAUCUGACCUGAGUGUGAGACGGUUCCCUGUGGAGGAAAUACCAGAUGAUGAGAAGGAGUGUGCCAAUUGGCUGCACAAGCUCUACCAGGAGAAGGAUGCCUUACAGGAACACUACAGCAAGGAAGGCAAGUUCCCCGGACCCACAAUAAUCCCACCUCGUCGACUAUGGACGCUGCUGAACUUCCUGUUUUGGGCCACCCUGCUGCUGUCGCCCCUCAUCAAUUUUGCUUGUGGAGUGGUCGUCAGCGGUUCCCCCCUCCUCAUCAUUGGCUUCAUCUUAUUCCUCAUCAUAGCUUCCAUAGCUAUCCGACGCCUCAUCGGGGUCACGGAGGUGAAGAAAACAGGCUCCAGUUAUGGAAACCAGGAGGCCAAGAAACAAAACUAAAGUGCGUCACCCCCUUAACCCCAAACACCUCCCGUCCCCCUACUCCCGUGUACGGCCGUCUCUGUGUGGCCGUCCCGAGGUGUCUCACCCCUACCCAACUACUUUCUCCUCCUACCGUCGAGUCGGUUGGUAGGUCGCAGAGGAGAAAACUAAAUAGAGACCAGAGUUAGAAAUUUGAAUAGCACUUGAGUGAGAGAGAAAGAGCAUGGAAGGUCUGGGGGGGUGGGUCAAGCUCUCUGGUUUAACACAAAACAAAAUGGAGAGGGAGACACUGCAUCGUACCCUGUUGCAUCUUUCUUAAUCCAGCUCGUCCCCAUCCCAGACACAUUCAUAUUCCCUAAACACCCAAGGUCAAGCUCCUCACCUGUCACAUGGACAGCCAGUCCGCCCAUCGUCUGCUCUUGCACUACCUACCUCCAAAUCCAGUCAUGGUCAUCAGCCAAACAGGGUGUGGGGGUGUGCUCAGAACACAGAACACAAAUGAAUCCACAUUUGUUCAUCUCAACCAUCCAGGGGCAGUUUGUCACUGCAACAUCUGUGACAUGCAGGAUGUCUCCCUUGGUCUUUUCACCGGGUGGAAGUGGGAACCCCCUAAAGGGUCGAUUCACCCAGAUCACAAAAUACAUGUACCAUUUCAACUUUCACAUAUCUAGCAAUGCAGAUAGUUCUGGUUUUUAUACAGGCAAAGUCUGCGAUUUCCACUAUCGUGCUGAAAAAUGGAGGUGAAUAAAAAUAAGUUCAUCAUGUUCAAAUCAUUGUUGAAGAUUAUUUGACAAAGGUAAGAGCAGAAACGGUGUCUGUCCUUGUUGGAAAAUAAUAGUUUUCAUUGGAAACUAUGUUUUAAAUGUAAAGAAAAGGGAAUUCUUCAUCUGAUUAUCCAGAUAGUUUCUGUGAAGAGACAAUUCACUUGAGUUUUUCAAAUUUCAUUCCGUUUCAUUUAAGCAGCGUUGGUCACAUUCAGUUUCCUUUUUUGUAUCCGGGCAGGCACAGAAGUCUCAGAGCAUGGAACUCAAAACUAUAUAAAUUCCACAUCAUAUCUGGGGCUGAAGUGUGAAAAAUAUCUGUUUUUAUUUGAAUCUUGUGAUGUUGGUGAAUCAACCCGUUGACUUCCUGGUGUGAAAACCUGCCAUUGGUUACAGGGGUCAUGUGCAGCCCGCAGCAUCAACACACGUUCAUUCACUCCUAUUUUCAUUUGAUUUACACAGACAGAAAUCUGCCUACAUGUUAUCAUUUGUCUUUUUAACAUGCCUGGAUCAGCUGACCCUGAGGGACUGCUGGUCAUUUACCCAGAAAUCCCAGUCUGAACACUGAGGCACUUCAACCUACCCACUAGCACUCUGAUGCCAGUUCAAGUGCAGCUCACGCCGCUCUGGUUGAUGUGACUGAUGUGCUGCUGAGUGGCGGUUGAUUCCAGAGAAAGGUCACGGACUGUCUCCAUGAACCCUCGCAGCUGUUGGCACAUUAUUUAGCUUUCCUGAUAUAGAACUGAUAUUUUAACCUUUGCCUUAAAUCAAGCUUGCUCAGGCGAGGGAUUUGCUUAUUUGCCGGCCCUUUAAAACAGCACCCCCCCUCUCUUCCCUUCUGUUAUGUUUGAAAUACCAACCCAAAAAAUGAAUGAAUAAUUGAGAACCACUGUUAGUCUUUUAAAGUGGAGAGUGAGGAAGGUGUUGCUUUGUUUAAGGCCGAACUUCGUGUGCAACUUUGUUCCUCUGGAUAUCAGCACAGUGACAUCUGGUCAUUGCUGCUGCUCUUACAUUUCUACACAUUUUAGAAUCGCUCAUCCCAGAGUUUGUGGUUUUUAACUCCAUCAUUCAACAUGAGCCACGUUUCCUGGUCCUCAAAUUCAAACAAUGGUAGCAAACCACGAGGGGAUAUCCCAUUCCCUGCUCUCUCUCUCCUCCCCUCCGCCCUGCUGUGCCACAUGUAGUAUCUCACAUUUCUCUUUUCAGUUUCUGUUUUUCCCCCGUCACUCGUCAGCAGCGAUAUGUUGUGUCCUUUCUGUAGAGCUCUCUCAACCCAGACAGACUUCAUGCAAAGCCUUAAUAGACAGUGCUGCUUAGUUUUUUUUUUUGUGUGUGAAAAUGUAGAAGCUUACUUGAGCCCCAGUUGUAGUGAAGGAUCAACAUGUGAAAAAUGUCCUCCAGUAUAGCAAGCAAGUUUCUGGGAUUAGCUGUCAAGUGACUUGUUCUUAAGUUAUAAGAUAAAGAAAUAACGAGAACUGAGAAUGGAUUAAAGUAACGUUCAUAAUUUAACCACUUUUUCGUACACAGAGAUACUUGGAGUUGCUUUUACCUCAAAUUCUUGUGAAAAGCUUUAGGAUCUUAGCCAAUUUUUCUUUUAAGAUUAUCCUAAAAUGUGCAGCAUCAAAUUCAGAAGCACUUCAAUCCAUCCUGUCAUUCAAACUCAUUUUCAACAGCAGUUCAAACCAGUAGAAAAGCUUUUGCUUUGGGUGUUUGUUUUUUUACAGUGCAAUUAAAGUAUUUAGAGUCCUUCACCUUUUUCACUUGGCAGCGUUAUGCUAAAAUCAUAGAAAUGUUUUCCCCAGGAUAAGAUAUUGACAAAAGAGAAACUGAAAUAUCACAUUGACAUACAUUCUGCGGACACGUUUCUAUGACACAUAACGUUUGGCUGAAAUGUUUCUACAACUUGAAUUCACAAGUGGUAAACUCAACUGGUUUGGUCUGGCACAAACCAAGUCAUGAGGUCAAAGGAACUUCUCUGGGUGGAGGGAAAGCUGAGGAAGAUCCUGAAUACUCAGGACCUCAGAUUGUACCUAAGGUUUGUCUUCCUUCAGGACAAUGACCCCAAACUGACGGACAAGACGAAAGCGGUCUGACGAUUCUGCUAAUCUGCUUGAGAGAGACAAGCAGAGCUCUGACGUGAAGAUGUCUGGACAGAACUGAAAAUGGCUGUGCACUGACAGCAACCCAGAAGACUUGAGGCUCUGAUCGCUGCCAAAGAUGCAACUGUAGGAACUACAACUUCUAAUUACUUUCUAAAUGUGAUAUUUCAGUUUUCCUUCUUUUAAUACAUUUGCAAAACUUCCUUAACUCUGUUUUCACUUUGUCUUUAUGGAAUAAUGAUUGUAGGGGGAUCUGAGGAUGCUAAUGUUUUUAGCUUCAAGCUGUAACACGAUGUGAAAAAGUUGAAGGUGUCGAAUUGUGACGCUUUACUUUUCUUUUCUGAUUUUUCUGGAAUCAAAUAUCAGAAAUUGAUUAUGAUUUUCAAAUUCAAAGAUAUUUCCGUUAGUGGCUCCUUUUGUGGCAGUUUUUCUGUUUUCUAAGGCGGUUUUAAUGUUUUCUUCAAACAAAAACACUUAAACAUUAAAGGAUUUCAUCACUAA